AACCUGGACACAUCGCAUAUGACUGUUUAUCCGAAAAGACCCAACCAAAGACAUAUAAACCUAGAACAACGAAGAAGACCACCAUAUUUGACCAAUAGAAGAGAAGUUAAGGAAAAACAAAAAAUCAAGCAAUUUGAGUCCAAUAAGGAACUUAACCUACAAACUAGAAAGGUUACAGCUAAAUCACAAUCAAUGAAAAUUGAGGAAUCAGGUCCAAAAGACAAUAUCCCACAG